UGAACAUGUAGUCUCAACCUAGCUGGGGUAAUAGUGUGAAAGUCGACGUUCUGCAAAAUUGAUAGUUUUAUGCAAAAUUUACAUUUUUAAUAAAAAUUUGAUAUAAACUAAAAAAAAUAUUCAAAUGGUCAACUUAUAUAUUGUUAAAAAUAAUAACAAUAACAGCAAGUAAUAAAUAGAUGAGAUUAAUGAUUGCUUCUUCUGAAAGAAAAAUUUACGUAUGGGGUGGACCUCGAGCAAGUUUCACAAAUAGAAUGGGUUGUAAGCUGAGUAAGCUUGCUACCUCGGCAAUAUCACAGGCACAAGCUACUGGAAACUCAAACCGCGACAGUCCACCUCCACCUCCAAAAACAGACCCCAGACUUCCUCUCACUGCAAGACAAAAGUAUUUAUUAACAGCAAGUUGGAAAGCUAUUGUCAAAGCGAUGGAGCCGACUGGCAUCUACAUGUUUGUCAAGUUAUUUGAAGAGAAUACUGAUGUUAUAAGCUUUUUCGACAAAAUGAAACAUUUAAGAACGAAAGAGGAACGAUCCUCAAGUACUGAACUAGCUGACCAUGCGCAAAAAGUGAUGAAUGCGCUUGAUGAAGGAAUUCAAUGUCUUGAUGAUAUGGAUAUAUUUCUAACAUUUUUACAUCAAAUUGGUGCUACGCAUUCAAGAAUACCUGGGUUUAAUAGAGAACUAUUUUGGAAAAUUGAGUUGCCCUUUUUAGCAGCAAUGCAGAUGACACUACAUGACCGUUUCACAGAUAAUGUGGAAAAUAUCUAUAAGUUAACAAUCAAGUUCAUCAUUGAAACAUUAAUAGAAGGAUUUGAUGAAGCUCAAGCAAAAAACAAAUGUACAGGCAAUAAACUCUAAGAUAAAGAUUGAUUUUUAGUCUUAAAAAAUUGAAUUGUUUGAGUAAUUAUUUAAUGACAGUCAAGACUGGUUGUGGGACCUAUUAUAUACUUGAAAAUAUAAAAGAGGAUUUUUUAAACGAAUGAAUGUUUGCGCAUUGAUA